CUGAGUUAGAGAUUAGAGGCUUCUUGACACACAGUCCAGCAGGGUGGCAGAGAUUUUUACACUCUAGGCCUCUUUCCCUCAGCCAGCCUCAAUUCCAGGACCAUGGCACAAACUGCUCCCAUCCAGCAAAACAAGAUGGGACAGGGUCGGGCGAUUGCCGUGCUGACCUCAGGAGGUGACGCCCAGGGUAUGAAUGCUGCUGUGAGGGCCACAGUUCGUGUUGGAAUCUACACUGGAGCCAAGGUGUAUUUUGUCCAUGAGGGUUACCAGGGACUGGUGGAUGGAGGACACCAUAUCCGCCUUGCUACAUGGGAGAGCGUGUCCAUGAUGCUGCAGCUGGGUGGAACUGUGAUUGGUAGUGCCCGCUGCAAGGAUUUCCGUGCAAAGGAGGGACGCACUCAGGCUGCAUAUAACUUAGUCAAGCUGGGCAUCACCAACCUAUGUGUGAUUGGCGGUGAUGGCAGUCUGACAGGUGCCAACCUGUUCAGAAAAGAGUGGAGUGAGUUACUGUCAGACCUGGUCAAAACCGGUAGGAUCACAGCGGUUGAGGCCAAGAAUUUCUCUCACCUCAACAUCGUUGGCAUGGUGGGCUCCAUUGACAAUGACUUCUGUGGCACUGACAUGACCAUCGGCACAGACUCUGCCCUGCACCGCAUCAUAGAGAUAGUGGAUGCCAUCACCACCACAGCACAGAGUCACCAGAGGACUUUCAUCCUGGAGGUAAUGGGCAGGCACUGUGGUUACCUGGCUUUGGUGACAGCUCUGGCCUGUGGUGCUGACUGGGUGUUCAUCCCAGAGAUGCCCCCAGAUGAAGGAUGGGAGGAGCAUCUGUGCAGAAGAUUGACAGAUCAAAGAGGUCGUGGCUCCCGUUUAAAUAUUCUCAUUGUUGCAGAGGGAGCGAUGGACCGCCAUGGUAAGCCUAUUACCUGUGACAGUGUGAAAGAGCUGGUAUCAAAGAAGCUUGGCUUUGACACUCGUACCACCAUCUUGGGCCAUGUACAGAGAGGUGGAACCCCCUCUGCCUUUGACAGGAUCCUGGCGAGCAGAAUGGGUGUAGAGGCUGUGAUGGCUCUGCUGGAGGCCACACCAGACACACCUGCAUGUGUGGUCAGCUUGUCUGGGAACAUGGCUGUCAGGCUGCCUCUCAUGGAGUGUGUGCAAGUGACUAAAGAUGUCACUGUAGCGAUGUCUGAAGGGAGGUUUGAUGAUGCUGUGAAGCUCAGGGGAAAGAGCUUUGAGAACAACUGGACUACCUACAAAAUGCUGGCUCAUGUGCACCUCCCAGAAACAAAGAGUAACAUCAAUAUUGCCAUAAUUAAUGUGGGCGCACCAUGUGCUGGGAUGAACGCAGCAGUCCGCUCAGCUGUCAGGAUCGGGAUUCUCCAGGGACACCAGAUGUUGGCAGUGCAUGAUGGCUUUGAUGGCUUGGCUCACGGAUUGAUUGAGCCCAUUGGUUGGUCUGGAGUGGCAGGAUGGACUGGAAAGGGAGGCUCCAAUCUGGGAACAAAGAGAUCCCUGCCAAGUGAAUACAUGGAGGAGAUCAGCCUGAGCAUCACUAAGUUCAACAUUCAUGCUCUAGUCAUUAUUGGAGGCUUUGAGGCAUAUGUUGGAGGUCUGGAGAUGGUGCAGGCCAGACAGAAGUAUGAGGAACUGUGCAUUCCGCUUGUUGUUGUUCCCGCUACUGUCUCCAACAAUGUUCCUGGAACUGACUUCUGUAUUGGCACGGACACUGCCCUCAACACCAUCACUAUGACAUGUGACAGGAUCAAACAGUCUGCCGCUGGCACCAAGAGGAGAGUGUUCAUUGUUGAGACUAUGGGAGGAUACUGCGGCUACUUGGCAACCAUGGCCGGUUUGGCAGCUGGAGCUGAUGCUGCCUACAUCUUUGAGGAGCCUUUCAACAUUCAUGACUUAGAGGUGAAUGUGGAACAUCUGGUGGAGAAGAUGAAGACCACAGUGAAGAGAGGACUGAUUCUGAGAAAUGAAAAAUGCAACGCUAACUAUACAACAGAUUUCAUCUUCAACCUGUACUCCGAGGAGGGCAAGGGUGUAUUUGACUGCAGGAAGAAUGUACUUGGACAUAUGCAACAGGGUGGAACACCCAGUCCUUUUGACAGAAACUUUGCCACAAAAAUGGGGAUGAAGUCUGUCCUCUGGUUGACUGACAAGCUAAAGGAAUGCUACAGACAUGGGCGCAUCUUUGCCAACUCUCCAGAUUCAGCUUGUGUGUUGGGCAUGAGGAAGCGAGCUUUGGUCUUCCAGCCUCUGACAGAACUUCAAGAAUCCACUGACUUUGAACAUCGUAUUCCAAAGGUACAGUGGUGGUUAAAGAUGAGGCCUAUCCUGAAAAUCCUGGCCAAGUACAAGAUCGACCUGGACACUUCUGAAAAGACUGCGAUGGAGCAUGUCAUCAAGAAGAGGGGCUUAGUUAAUCAGUAACCUUUAUACUGUGUAUAUAUUCUUGCCAUCAGGACAUCACAUGACCUGACUUUGAAAACUCUGUCUUUGCAAAAUACUAAUAUAUAUUAUAUAAAGACAGUAAUUACAUCACCAGCCUAGAGGAAAAGUCUCACAAUAAACACACAAGUGUCACACAA